AUGGCAUCAACACUCGGGAAAUACGCCUCCAAGCUCGCAGGUUCUCGCGUCCUCGUCAUCGGCGGUUCUUCAGGUAUCGGCUUCGGUGUCGCUGAAGCAGCCAUCCAAAACGGCGCUUCAUCCGUCUUCAUCGCCUCCUCAUCCAAAGAGAAGAUCGCCACCGCUAUCGAGCGUCUCAGGGAAAAGAACCAGUCCACCGAAUUUAACCUUCACGGCGUUACUUGCAACCUCGGCUCCCCUGAAACACUCAACAAGGAAGUCGAAAACCUCUUUACCCAAGUAUCCAAGCAUGGAAAGCUGGACCAUGUCGUCUUUACAGCUGGAGAUAAGCUCGCUGUCGGAAAACUCGAGGAGUUUUCACUCAAGGACAUCCAGCAGGCUGGUACUGUACGGUUCUUUGCGCCCCUUGUUGUUGCACAGCAGCUUCGAAAGCAUCUGAACGAAUCCGAAACUUCUUCUUUCACAGUCGCCACUGGCGGUGCUGUCGAGCAUGCGUCCAAGGACUGGACUGUCAUGUAUUCUUACCUCUCCGGUCUACGAGGUAUGGUUCGCGGCCUGGCCGUUGAUCUUGCUCCUAUCCGCGUCAACGCUGUUGCACAGGGCCCGAUCGAGACGGAGCUUUGGGAUAAUGUCAAGCAGGCUGGAUACUGGGAUGCUGUGACUGGUCGUCUCAAGGCUAGAAUGACUACAGGAGCUAUCGGACAGGUAGAGGAUGUGGCUGAGACCUAUGUCUACUUGAUGAAGAACAAGAAUGCUUCUGGAAGUAUUGUUGAGACUACUGGAGGAACGCUCAUGUCUUAG